AUGGCAUCGAACGGUACCACCACCAUGCCUGAGCGCAUCCCGUCGGCCUUCCGGUACAACAACCAGCCUGAGAGCAGCCUGCCUACCAACGGCACCUCCAAUGGCUCCAUCCCCGGGCCCGACCCAUCGACCGUCAAGAAGACCACCACCGCCUUCUCUACCUCCGACCCACAAUCGUCUUUCGCCGUCAAGGCAGGACUCGCACAGAUGCUAAAGGGCGGCGUCAUCAUGGACGUCGUCAACGCCGAGCAAGCCCGCAUCGCAGAAGAAGCAGGAGCCUGUGCUGUCAUGGCUCUCGAGCGUGUCCCCGCAGAUAUCCGCAAAGACGGCGGUGUUGCACGCAUGUCUGACCCCGCCAUGAUUCAGGAGAUUAUGCGCGCGGUAACGAUCCCAGUCAUGGCAAAAGCACGCAUUGGACACCUCGUUGAAUGCCAGAUCCUCCAGGCCAUUGGUGUGGACUACAUCGAUGAGUCUGAGGUCCUGACCCCAGCUGACCCAACCAACCACGUGGACAAGCACCAGUACGCCACUCCCUUCGUCUGCGGAUGCAGGAACCUCGGCGAGGCUCUGAGGAGAAUCAGUGAGGGUGCUGCCAUGAUCCGAACAAAGGGCGAGGCAGGCACUGGCGAUGUUGUCGAGGCGGUACGACACAUGCAGACCGUCAACGCAGAGAUUGCCCGCGCCAGCUCCGCCAAUGACGCCACUCUUCGCCAGAUGGCCCGCGAGUACGAAUGCGACUACGCCCUCCUCAAGGAGUGCGCCCGCCAAAAGAGACUACCCGUCGUCAACUUCGCCGCAGGAGGCAUCGCUACCCCAGCCGACGCCGCACUGAUGAUGCAGAUGGGCUGUGACGGCGUCUUCGUCGGCUCUGGCAUCUUCAAGUCCGGCGACGCCGCCAAGCGUGCAAAGGCCAUCGUCCAGGCUACGACCCACUACAACGACCCGAAGAAGCUGGCCGAGGUCAGCAUUGGCCUUGGAGAGGCUAUGGUUGGUAUCAACUGCGGCCACAUGGGCGAAGCUGACAAGUUGGCCAAGCGUGGCUGGUAA